AUGGCAGAUGUUCAUUCUUAACGAAAAAGUGUAUAAAAGUAAGCCUACAUCGAUGACCUAUUCACAAAUGACAAUGAACUUGAUGAUGACAAGGAUUUAAUUAAAUAAUACAACACUGCAAAGAGGGAAAGAAAAACUAUUGAAGCGCAUAAACAAUUACUUGACAACAGAGUAGCAUUGUUGAAAUAGGAGGAAAUCAGAACACUAAAAAAGAUAGAAGAGACCCGUAAAAAGGCUUUGGAAAUCUAUUAUCUUAAAAAAAAGAAUGAAGAAAAACUGAAAAAAAGAGAAGAGGAAAAAGAACAAUUGCAGAAGAAAUAAGAGCAAUAAUAAUAAAUUCGAAAAUAGCAAGAGAGAGAGCAUAAAUUAUUAAUUGAAAAACAUAGAAAUGAUAAAGUAUAAAAAGCUUUUAUAAUCAAAUAAUAAACCAGACAUAAUGAAGUUAGGAAAAUGAGCUCUCAAAAAUAAUCUUUAACUACUCUUAAAUAAAAAAAUCAGAUAAUCAGAGAAUCAAGAGAUCUCAAUAGAGUAAAGGAAAGAAUUGUAAUAGAAAAAAGGGAAGCGAUAAGAGAAUAAUUAGGAAAGAAAUUAGAAUUUGAGCAAAAGUUAAAAGAUGGGAAAUAAAAAGAGAUUGAACAAAUUGAAACAUAUGAAAUGGAUUUAUUAUAAAAGUUAUAAAACACUUAAUAAAUGUAAAAAACAGCUUUCGAAGAAUUGGAAUCAGCCUUAACGAUGACAGCUAAGGAAUUUGCAGAAAAAUAUCUUCAACCAAAAUAAAAAGAAGAUUAAAAUAAAGAUCUUUCAAAUUUUAAUACAGAUGAGGAUGGAAUUCAAAAACAUUAAGAUCGUCCAAAUAUGGAUGAAUCUGAUAAGGAUCAAUCUUCUAAAAUAUCUAUAGAACAAAUCAAUGAAAUACAUGAACCAAAUAUACAAAAUGAUUCUAAUAAGGAUGAUAAUGGGGAUUAAACUGAUAACUAAAAUUAAGGAAUCAAGGAACCUGAAAAUAAAUAAGAUGACUAAAAUGACUAAAAGUCUGUACAUGAGGAAGAAGGAAAUUAAAAUUAAUAGAACAAUUAAAAUGAAAUUCCAAACAUAUUAGAUUCUCCUAAAAGUUAAUCAAAAGAAGAUAAAGAGUAAUAAGAGGAGGAAUAAUGA